AGUGAUCGUUGUUUAGUUUAUCGUAAUGGAGCAGUACUGAAAGAAAGGCAAAUUUAUUUUAAUCUUAAUAAUCUGAUAUAUCUUAAAACUAAGACAAGAUGCCGCUAUUCGAUACGAAAACCCGAAAACGCACUCUUGUUCAACCGAAAAAAGUGCGAAAAUCACGUAAUUCGAAUCGCGUUACUAUCACUCAAGAUAAAACUAAGGGAAACGAGAUAGUUAGCGCAGAUAAACUCAGUACGCCGACGAAUCCAUCUGGCAGUUUCGUUGAGUCCGAUUCGGAAUCAGAUGAGCCGCAUCCGGAAGCAUCGCCGGCCACAGAUGUCACCAUUUAUAAUGAGUACGACAUGGGCCCCGCAUUUGGCUGCAAAUUUCCCUUACCGUUUAUACGAUUUAUGGUCGAGCGUGUUUUGAUGGAAAAGCUAAAAGGCAAGACAUAUGUAGCUGGGGAUGCUGUGAAGUGGGUACGCGAUGUAGCUGAUACUAUCAACUCGAAAAUGAAGGGCUAUUGCCUGCAACAGCGUUACAAGCAUGUGAUAAAUGUUUCUAUAUAUCAACAGAACGGUGCCGGAUUCUUCCACGGCUUCCGUGCCGUUUGGGAUACGCUCUCUGAUGAUUAUUUGCGCAAUACCUUUGAUGCCGGAACCUUUGUAUGCAUUGUCGUUAUUUUCGGCUGUUAUACAUAUUAAAUUAAAGAAUUAAAUCA